AUGAGUUUACAGAACCAGACAGUAGUCCGUGAAUUCAUUAUGAUGACCUUCAACAACACUAACACAGGCAGAUUCGUAUUCUUCUUUGUUCUGCUUCUUGUUUUCCUUAUAACACUAAUUGGAAACCUGCUGAUUAUUGUUGCAGUAUACUUUGAUGCACGUCUCCACACACCCAUGUACUUUUUUCUUAGUAAUUUUUCAUUUUCUGAGAUUGUGGUCACUACAAACAUUACGCCUUGUAUGCUGCAUACUGCAUUACAUGGAGUUGUGGUUAUGUCUGUAAGUGGCUGUAUCACACAGUACUAUAUUUAUUGGGUAUCUACCUGUACAGAAUGCCUUCUUCUUGCAGUCAUGUCCUAUGACCGCUACCUGGCUAUCUGUAAUCCAUUGCAUUAUUCAUCUGUCAUGAGCCACAGACUCUGUCUCCACCUGGUUGUCUGGUGCUGGUUAACUGGGAUCAUUUUGCAAAUAAUAGAAAUCGUACCAUUGAGUAAGCUGUCAUUCUGUGGCCCCAACAUUAUUGACUUUUUUUUCUGUGACCUAGCUCCAAUUCUUCAGCUUUCCUGUUCAAGCACAUCUUUUAUAGAAACAUCAGAUUUUAUCCUGUCGUUCCCCCUUCUUGUCACUCCCAUUGUCUUUAUCAUUUUGAGUUACAUCAAGAUUAUUUCCUCUAUUCUCAAGAUUUCAUCGACCAUAGGACGGAAAAAAGCCUUCUCCACCUGCAGCUCCCACCUCAUGGUUCUUUGCACAUAUUAUGGAAUACUUAUAUUUAUCUAUACAUCCCCAUCAACAGAAAAUGCUUUUACUUUAAAGAAAGUGUUAUCACUUCUAUACACAGUACUGACUCCUCUUAUUAAUCCAUUUAUAUAUAGUCUUAGGAAUAAGGAUAUCAAGUUGUCAAUUAGAAAAACAUUUUCAAUGUUAAAGUAA